AUGGAAGGCCUGCUCACUCCUGUGAGUACCAUCUACAAGUCUCAAGACCAAGGAAAGGAUCUCCAAGAGGAGGAUGCUCUCGUCGAAGUGCGCAAGUCACCUGAGCCUACCGAAAAGCCGUCAUUCCAAGCCAACACCCCAGCAGAGGCGUUGGAGGUGUUGAAAAAUGAGCCAGAUUAUGACGCUCUGAUAUUAACGUUAAAAUAUCUCGUGCAACCCGACGUAGAUUUUGACAUUACAUCUCCAAGCCCCCUUGCUUCACAGCUUGUCAACGCCCUUGUUUCAGGCAUUUUACCAAAUUACUGGAGCGUUCUCUACGUACCAGAGGGCAAGGGCUCAAAGACGGGCAAGAAGAAAAAGUUAAAUCGUUCACCUCAUCUCGAGCUAUUCCUUCGAUGUCUUCGAAGCGUCACGGGAUUGAAUGCGCUUUUGCUUGCUCUAAAGCGAUAUAUCCAGCUUGGAAAGGCAAGUAAGCAGGAAAUAGGUGGUUCGAAUAUCCAAAGUACUUUGACUAUUAUUCUCCAGGCUUUGGAAUCUGUACUUGAAGGAGACGAGACUGUUAGGAAAAUAUGGGUUAUUAUUUGGAACUCCAAUUCGUCGAGCCAAAAGAAAGUUGUUUGGAAUGAUUUUCUUAGCCUAGUGGGAAGCGGGAAGAUCUUAGGUAUUGCCGCUGAGGCUGAAGAUGUGGUCAAUGAUCUAAACAAGAGCGUUGGCGGGAUGUCCUGGAUAGCAGACGGCGCCUUAUUUUCCGCCUGGUUGACUAGCAAUAUCCGAUGCUGGAUAGAAGAUCUGCCCCUGGAUUCUGAGAAUGGAUGGAAAUGCUGUAGAACCAUCGUUCACGAACUUCUAAAUUCUCUGGUUUUAGAUAGUGAGGACGAGGGCGGUCGAUUUACAAGGCUCUUAAACAACCUAUCUAUUUUUGAGCAACGAAAUGUACUCUACGCUGCCCUUCAAGAUAUAUCAAAGCAUCAUCUAUCAUCCCCUAUCACAACGGAAGAUGAUACGUCUUGGUGGAACCCAGACUCCAAAAUCGUCUCUGGCGCGUCAGGCCUUGUUAAACUACUAGUCACUGGCGAUGAAUCGAGGAGAAACCAGCUGAUAGCUUGGUUGACGAACUCCUCGGGGGCGGGUAUGGGGGAAGGAGUUGCAAUUCGACGUGCAGUGAUAGCAUGUAUUGCAGAAGACAAAUCAGAUAUUGAGGCAGUAUUGGACAAAAGUAUUCAGCAAUUUGGGGAUCAACUGUAUAUUAGACACACUUCCUCAAUGCAGCAAGACGUCCACGCCCAAGUGUUGUUACUCGCUGCAGGAUAUGUCCACCGAAAAGCCCCAGUCCGUCUUGCCAUGAUGAUGAAAUCUGGAGCACAUCUUAAUGCUGUCUCGAAUAGACUGGCUGCGUCAUCACCUCGUGCUCGUUUCCUUGGAAUGGCAGUUGGGGAAGCAUUAUCUAAUCUGGUAGAUAAGGGGGAGAGUAAAAUGGAUUUCAAGGUGGACGAAAUGAGCACCUCCGAAGCUAACUGGUAUAAAAGUUUGGUUAAUGUGGCUGAUACUGUUGGGUCUCUUGACUCUCUAAGGUCGGGAGAAAUAUCUCAUCGGCCAAAGAAAGAAUCUGCUCGAGCGUCUAAAGCAAAGAAGAAACCCGAGCCACCAGCCGAUUACUCGAAGAUAAUAUCUAUAGAAGAGAUUACAGAUGAUGAAGAAGAAGAAGAAGCUUCUGAUGAUGACGACUUAGUGCCAUAUUCCAAGCCGGAGUCUGAUCCAGAUGAUUCAGAUGAGGAUCCUACGAACAUUACCCGCGAUAAGCCUACCGCUCCUGUCUAUAUACGGGAUCUGAUCACAUAUCUGAGGGAUAUCGAUAACUACGACCGCCAAAAGCUUGCUCUGUCCACAGCCGCGCCACUCAUUCGGAGGAAAGCGAAUUUCGGAACAGAAGUCAGCUCACAUGCUGAAGAGCUAGCUACACUGCUUGUAGGCCUGCAAGAUAAGUACGAUAUAGAGGAUUUCCAAGAAAUGCGACUACAGGGCAUGAUUGCAGUCCUCAUCGCCCUUCCGUUGAAAAUGGGUCAAUGGUACUCGAAGACAUUCUUCGACGGCGACUACUCGAUAUCCCAACGAUCGUCCGUCCUCACCACCCUAGGCCUCGGAGCCCGCGAACUGGCUGGCUUUGGAAAAGAAGACGCUGCCCUAACAGCCAGCAAGUCCCUCCCCGCUGCCACCCAGCCAUCCUUCCCAUCGAAAACCCUCGACUCAAAAAUGCACGCAAUAUACUCCUCCUCAAAACACAAGGCUAUCAACCGGUCGGCAGUUAACAGCCUGUCGGCCCAACUUACAAACACGAUGAUCACACCACUCGCCGCCUCCCUAGCAGAUAAAGCCACAGGCCCCCAAAUCCUCAAAACCCGCACUUUCUCCUCCCGCAUGGCUGUUGAAACCGCCCGCAAGAAACCCAUAACAAAUUCGCUAGCGAAAGUCGUCGCCGACGGAUUCUUCUUCCCGCUGACCGGCCGAUUCUUUGUUCACUUAAAAGCCUACGGCUCCUCUUCUCAUAAAAACAUAACUUUUGAUCCUUUCCUACUUGCCCUGUUCCUCAAAACUUUGGCAUUGUUGAUGCAUGCUAGUGGACCAAAUACUCUCAGUUUGACACAGAUGACGUCUGAGUUCUGGGAUUUACUAUUGAGUUUGAGGGCCCAGACCACUGGGGAAGUGGGCGUUUUGGAAGCGGUGCUCUUUGCGAUGUUGACGCUGCUGGAGGUUAACGAAGAUAAAAGGGGGCUAGUUGAGGCACAUGGACGGCAGUUACUUGAGACACAGGAGUGGGUCGAAGGUGUCUUUGGGAGAGUUAGCGGGGGUGGUGGUGCGGAAGAGGAAAAUAAAGUGAGGGUUCUAGCAGCUGGGGUGUUGGUUAGGAUUAGGGAAUGUGUUGAGAAGUACCAGGCCUUGCUCUCAGGAGAUUUGGCGAGCUUUUAG